AUGGCUAUGGUUAAAACCCCUGUACUGAAAGUGAUAUUGUGUGGUGAAUAUGGUGUCGGAAAAAGUUCGAUUUUUCGUCGAUUUAUUAACAAUACAUUUGUUCCUAACUCGGAUAGACGUUCAACUUUAGGACUGGAUCACUUUGAAAAGCCAUAUCAACUCACAGACAAAACUGUUAAGUUACAACUUUGGGACACUGGAGGCAUGGAAAGAAUUGCUUCAGUCACUUCAAGCUAUUACAAGUUUGCUGAGGCAGCAAUUCUUGUAUUUUCUCUUGAUAAUGCAUCAUCAUUUCAUGUUCUGAGUCAACAUUUGUUAGAUAUUGUGACUUACGCAGAGAAUGCAAAAAUAUUCCUGUGUGGAAAUAAAUCAGAUUUGGAAGGUUCUUCUCCGCAAGUUACUGACGCAGACAUAGAAACUUUUUGUGAACAGUGCCACAAUCUUAUCAGCACCACUUAUAAAACUUCAUGUAAAACUGGAACAGGUAUUGAAGAAAUGUUUACAGAUAUUGCAAUGCAACUGGUAGAGUCUAAUAGAUCAAGAAUUGAAUUGCAAACCUUGGACCACAACAGUUUCAAGAUAUCAAAUCCUGACCCAGUAGAUGAGCCAUCAUGUAGUUGUUGA